CAUCAGUAACAAUGUAGUGGUUCUUUAUAUCGAAUGUGCAGUGACGAAUAUUGAUGGAAACUGAAGAAUGCUACGAAGGCUACCGAAGACUAUCAGUCAAGCACGAGCGGCAUGUUUUCCAAAUUUGAGUAGGCGAUACUUCCAUGAUACUGUUAGCCGUACCGGGAUGAACGUACACGUUUUAGGUGCCGGCUCUUCAGGAUGCUUAUUGGCCUACCAUCUUCAACGUGCACGAGAAAGUCUGCCAAACUAUUCAUACGAAAAGCUUAAUUUGCAACUAAGGACACCACCAAGUGACGGACAAAGAACAGCAACUGUUCGCGUCUAUAAUGAUGAUGAAACAUUGCAUGGUGAAUGCGAAUUGCCAUAUGAAACGCCUCAAAAACACUCCGAAGAUCCGAUCGAUGUGCUUUUCGUAUGUACAAAGGCAGAUCAAACAAUAAAUGCAUUGAAGCCUUUGUUACCCCGAUUGACUUCCCUGCAUCGGUGCGGACCUCCGACGAUCGUCCUUACACAAAAUGGAAUGGGCUUGGAUGAUGCACUCGUAGAGGAAUUUGGUUGGGAGGGAAAUGGUGAAAAUGUGCCUUUUCUGGUCUCAGGUAUCAAUAGACAUGGCAGCUACUUGUUGAAAAGGUUUGAGACAGUUCACGCUGGACAAGCUUCUAUUCCGUUUGCACUUUCUCCAAUCACGGAAGCACGGAUCGGACAAGAUACUGGGAUCAAAUUGGCAGGCUUAGCUAAUCGGCAAGAUGGUACGAUACAUGCUCCCUUUCAAACACUUCAAUGGACUUUUGAUUUACUAUGUACUCCCUAUUUGCGUGACAAGUUGGGCUCCAGUGUAGAAAGAUUGGCAUCCGAUCUGCUUAUCCUUCAACAACAAAAAUUGGUGGUAAAUUGCACCGGAAAUGCGCUUACGGCAAUUCAUGAUAUCCGGAACGAUGGUCUUAUAAACGAUCCAGAGUUACGAAAGUGGGGCGAUAAAGUGGUGGAAGAGUGUGCUUACAUUAUUGGCGCUCGAUUUAAAUCGAAAAUUGAAUCGGAGAACAAAUCGGAAAUUGACGUACCAAAAGAACUUUCACUAGAUUCUCUAAAAAAGCAAGCUUGGCAUACAAUCGAAAUAAAUGGCAAAAAUUGGAGUAGUAUGGUACAGGAUAUGCGUAGCAAAAGAGGCGCAACAGAGAUUGAUUUUAUCAAUGGAACGAUCGUUCGCUGGGCGUACGAACUUGGCUUACAAGCUCCGAUCAAUGAAGAAUUGGUGAGGUUGGUAAAGCAAAAGACGGAAGCACAGAAACAGUGAUGACUUGUAUGUAUUUUUAAUUUGGCGUAAAUCCAAUCCAAUGAACAAAUA